UCAGCGCAGUCGAAGGGUUGAUCCCGCAGACGCAGUGAUGUUCUUUCCUGUUUUGUUCGGGUUUUGCUUGUUCCUGUUUUUCGCGUACAAUUGGCCCAGAAGGCAUUUGUAUGUUGCGGCUGCGCGAUUACCGGGACCGCCUGCCGUCUUACCCCUUGUCGGAAAUGGAUUUAGUUUUAUGUGCAGAAUUGAAGAUUUAUUAAAAAGAUGGUUAAAAAUAACCGAGAAAUAUCCGUCACCUUCGAGGGUGUGGUUAGGGCCAAAGCUGGUAGUUUCCAUUAAAGAUGCCGACCAUUUACAGAUCGUGUUGCAGUCUUCGAAAAUCUCCACAAAAGGCUUCGUUUAUAAUUUCCUGGAACCUUUCAUGGGUCAAGGACUUUUCACGUCCAGAGGUGUUAAGCAUAAAACUCAACGGCGAUUGUUGCAACCCCUCUUCGGCACCAAAGUGCUCGAUGGAUACGCGCAUUUUUUUCAAAAACACGCUGAAAACUUGGUCAAGCUUCUGGACGUACACGUGGAUGGCAACAACUUUGACGUUUUGUACCUUCUCCAUGAAAUCGCAUUUGAAGCUACCAUGGACAUUCUUUUGGAAGACAAAAAUGACCACAACGUGGAUUAUAGACUAGUUCCAGGCUACAUUCGGAGAUUUUACCAAAUUUUCACUGAACGUGUUGUAUCCUUCUGGCUAUAUUCUAAUCUAAUAUUCAAGCUUACUCCCAUGUACAAGGAGCAGGAGGAGAUGGUGAAAGUUGUGACGACCUUAACUCAAGAUGUUACCAACGAAAGGGUACCAGAGAUCAUAAGACGCAUGGAAACUGACUCUGAAUUCUCCAACGAGCGAUCCAAGAUGUCUCCAUCUGUCCUGGAAAGAAUGCUCGAACUUGUUAGGGACAAUCCCGAAUGUUUGAGUGAGGAAGAGUUUCGCGAUCAUAUAUUGACUUUUGCAGGAACGAGUCAAGAUACACAAACUUCUGUUGUGGCUUUUACUCUGAUGAUGUUGGGAAUGCACCCGAACAUUCAGGACAAAGUGGUGGAAGAGAUACGAGAAAUCAUGGGGGAUCGCAGACAAGUAUAUUUCGACGACACCGGAAAACUAAAAUACAUGGAAAUGUGUUUAAAGGAGGCCAUGCGAUUAUUUCCCGUGGGGCCUUUCUUGCCUAGAGACGUCCUUGAAGAUUUCGAAUUGGAUAAAUACAAAAUACCAAAGGGCUGUUCGUUAAUUUUGGGCAUUUACGAAGUACACCGAGAUGCCAGACACUGGGAAAAGCCUGACCGAUUCUAUCCUGAGCAUUUUGAUAGCGAACAAGCGGCGAAAAGGCAUCCCUACGCCUAUUUACCUUUUAGCGCAGGACCCAGAAGAUGCAUAGCUCAGCAUUACUCCUACGUAAACAUGAAGGUUCUGUUGACGAAUAUUUUGAUUAAUUACGUGGUGGAGUGCGAGGGUUGUCUAGACGACCUCGAACUGAUGACUGAUGUUUCAAUACGUCCCAAGAAUGGAUAUCAAAUUAAAAUCAAACGAAGAACCGGAUACUCGCUGCUCCAUCUAUUUUCUACCGCAACUCCUCUAAUGAAUGAAUUUCUUGUACCAAAUUCUUCAAGUAUGACUCUAUUAAGAAGUCCGGAAAGUUUAAGUCUGGACUCUUUGGAAGUUAAACAAACUCACUUGGAAUGUAUUUGUGAAAUACUCACGUCGUUCAUACUUUGCACCUACAAAUUGCAAACAAAUUGGGUGCUCCCUGUAAGUGUCGUCAGCAAUUGUUAUUCUAGUAAUUUUAUGUCGACCAAGGUCCCCCGAAGAUGUAAUACCUGUGCGACGUUAAAACAAGCAGUUGUUGUGAAAUUGCGGCACAAACGAACCAGUAAACAGCGCACCAGAAUGAUUACUACGUACUUAGAAGUGAUCGCGCUGGUUCUGCUGGCGGUGCUGCUAGUUUACUACAACUGGAAACGACGGCAUUUAUAUUGGGCAGCCAGCAAACUCCCCGGACCGUUCGCGUUUCCCAUCAUCGGCAAUGCUCAUAAGUUCAUGUGUAAAAAUGAGGAGGUGUUAAUGAGAAUAUAUGAACUAAUGAAGUUAUACUCGGACGUUCCGGUCAGAUUUUGGUUAGGAAAUAAAUUACUAAUAUCCUUCAACAAUCCAAAUCAUGCAGAGAAAAUUAUGUCUUCCCCCAAAUUCGCCCACAAACACGACCUCUACGAAUUUAUCAAACCCUAUUUAGGGGAAGGUUUAGUAACAGGAUCGGGAGCGCUCUACAAGCAGCACCGUCGCAUCAUACAGCCCAUAUUCGAUUUGAAAUUCGCACACGAGUGCGUUUGCAUAAUGCAGAAACACAUCAACAUUUGCAUGGACAAACUCGAAGAGUUUGUCGAUAAAGGAACAUUCAAUUACGGACACGUGGUACACAAGUGUAUGGUGGAUAUCAUUCAAGAAAUACUGUUUGGAAUAGACGCGAAAGUACAACAAAAAGGAUACAAACCGUUCGAUCAAGCCAUGAUUGACGUUUAUAAUUUCGGGUUCACCAGGCUCGUAAAGCCCUGGCUACACCCGGACAUAAUAUUCAACAAUUCGCCGCUAAAAGCGAGGCAAGACCAGCUACGUAAAACGCUCAGGAAACUGACGCAGGAUAUAAUAGACGCGUCUUACAAAAGAAGGAAGAUAACUAAAACUGUCAGAGACUUUCCACCGGUGGUGGACCGACUAGCUGAUUUCAUCGAAGAUAAUCCUGGAAUUAUCGAUUCGGAAACGUUCAUCGAUCAUCUCUUAACACUACACGCAGCCGCGGAAGAUACCCUGACCAUAAUCUCAAGUUUCACUUCAGUUUGCCUGGGAAUGUAUCCGGAGCACCAGCAAAAAGCGGCUGCGGAAGUCAGAGAAGUCUUUGGGGAAACGCCGAGGCCCGUCACGCCUGAAGACCUCACCAAACUGCCGUAUCUAAGCAUGUGCAUAAAAGACGCUCAACGUCUGUUCCCCAUAGCUCCAUAUAUUCUCAGGAGAUGCACCGAAGAUUUUGAACUCGAAGACAAAUGGUUGAUACCCAAAGAUUCAGCUAUUGUGGUGGCAAUUUUUAAUAUUCAUAGGGAUCCAAGGUACUGGGAUAACCCCCACCACUUUCACCCGGAUCAUUUUCUGCCGGAAAAAGUAAAAGGUCGUCACGUGUAUGCUUUCGUUCCAUUUAGUGCCGGACCGAGAGGAUGUAUCGGAAAAAUCUUGGCCAACACCGGCUUAAAAAUAUUCCUAUCGAACUUGCUGCAGCGAUUCGAAAUCGAGGCUGAAGGACAACUACCAGAUUUGCCGCUACGGAUGGACAUUUCAGUGAGGCCCAAGAGGGGUUACUUUUUGAGUAUUAAAAAACGUGUCUGGAAAUGAGUCAAUACCAGCGGAUUUUGUUAUUUAUUAUUAUUUAUUGUA